GUCUGCGCAUCCGGUUAGGGCGGGACUCCCACCUUCCUCCUCCUGGUGGUCAUUUUAACCUCUUAGGUCUUUGUUCACAAACUCACAGGCUUCAGGGCGCUGGUCGUGAGGAGGAGGAGUCCUGGGAGUCAGCGAGCCUGCUGUGCGGGGUGUGUCUGAGGCUCCUUGAGCCCAACAGCCCGAGGUUGGGGUCCCCGUGCCUCCCGGACUCCUCUCUGCUCACAGCGUCCCCGCAGCCUGACCCCAUUUCACCCUCCAGCCUUGGGGACCGGCCUCUCAGGUCCCGCCGCCCAGGUCCCAGCGCGCAGAAUGCAUCUCUUCCUACUCUAUGUUCCUGACACCCACUGCUAUUGAAAAGGGGCAGUGUGACUCACAUUUGAGGAUCAGAGCACAGGAUAUGAACUUUGAAGACAUGGCCAUUGCCUUCUCUCAGGAGGAAUGGGAGAUCCUUGAUGAGUCUCAGAGACGUCUAUACUGCAAUGUGAUGCUGGAAGUGUUUGCAUUUGUAUCAUUCGUAGGUCAUUGGCAUAAGAUGGAUGAUGUGAAGGCCUAUUCUGAGCACAGUGUAUCUGUAGGAGAGUCUCAGGUCAGGGCUUCCAAGACAGCCGCAGCCACCCAGAGGACCCAUCUGUGUAAGCCGUGCUUCUCAGUGUUAAAAGAUAUUUUGCACCUGAGUGAGUUACAAGUGGUUUACUUUGAGAAGAAUGUGUUCUUAAGUGAUGCAUGUUUGAGAGACUUGUGUUUUAGUGCAAACCCUCACCAGCAACAGAAGGAUGCCAGUGGAGAGAAGCCCUGUAAAGAAGAUAUGGAGAGGUCCUCGCUUGGGACCAGUUGCUGCUUCUACUUAUCCGGGGUGCCUGCAGCUAGGACGGAGGUUGGGGAAGACUCCCCAGCCAUCUCAGGGCUUCUCCAGCACCAGGCCACUCUUAACACCAAGGAGCCACACAGGAACAAUGAGAUUUCACAGGAAUGUCUCAGUGGAAAAAGAUAUCACCAGUGGGUUGAAUGUGAAACAUCUGCCAGCCAGAAACAGAAAGUUGCUUUUCAGAAAGGUCUCUGCUCUGGAGAUAUGAUUUAUGAGUCUAAUACAUGUGGGAAAGUGUUUAGACCAAUCUUUAACCACCCUCAACAUGGGAGAGUUCACACUGGAGAAAAGCCGUUUGAGUGUACUGAUUGUGGGAAGGUCUUCAGUGAAAGCACUGCUCUAAUUAAACACAACAGAAUUCACAUUAGAGAAAAGCGAUAUAAGUGUAGUGAUUGUGGGAAGUUCUUCAGUUACAUGUCCAACUUCGCCAGACACUGCAGAGUUCACACUGGAGAAAAGCCAUUUGGGUGUAGCAAAUGUGGUAAGCAUUUCAGACAAAGGACUGACCUUAUUAUACACCACAGAGUCCACUCUGGAGAAAAGCCAUAUGAAUGUAGUGAUUGUGGGAAGUCCUUUCGUCAAAGGGCUCACCUCGCUAAACACCAAAGAGUUCACGCUAGAGAAAAGAUUAUGAGUGUAGUGAAUGUGAAAAGUCCUUCAGUCAAAGAACUGACCUCACCACACACUACAGAGUUCACACUGGAGAACACCUGUAUGAAUGUAGUGAUUGUGGGAAAUCCUUUAGUAAAAGUGAUAGCCUCAGGAAACACAAGAGAGUUCACACUGGUGAAUGUAGUUAGUGUAGUGAAUGUGGGAAAUGUUUAGCUACAAACAUAACCUGGUUAGACACCUGAGAGUUCACACUGGAGAAAAGCCGUAAAUGUGCAGGGAAUGUUUCCUUUUUCUCACUUAGAAUAAGAACCCUUAAGGAGACUCCAUGGGACCCAUUUAAAUUAAUGUAAACCCCAUUUAUUAAUGUAAACCCCUUGGGGUCCUCUAUCAGGUUCAUGGAUGGAUGAAGUGAAGGGCCAUAGAACUGCAGGCUGAGUGAUGUUGGAGAACUGGGGAAGACUCUGAUGGCAGAAAGGAGGAAUAGAGUGUGGAGGCACCUUUUUGGGAAGACUCUAAGCCUUCGAGGAAUAGCUGGAAGAUCUGGCAUCCCUGGAAAAGAAUACGUGGAUGGAUACAAAUGGGGGAAAGCUGAGGGUGAAGAAUACUAGGACCCUAAUACACCCCCAUGAAUGAGGAGCUUGAUACCCCUGGAGAGGGCUGGGAUGUCGGGUGGUCCUCCUGGUCCCUGAAGAGAAGGUCAAUCCCUUGCCCAUGUGUAAGCUGGGCUGACACCUAAUAGGGAAGGUGCCUGGGGUUGCUCCGAGCAUCACUUUCUGUCCUCUGGGCUCUCAUUAUUUACUGGGUGUGCUUGGACACCCAGGAAUAAUGGGACAAGGAGGGAAAAUUAGGUCCAGUGCUCUCUCCAAUGGGGAUGGAGAGAACUAUGGAGGGACCACAUUUAGCACAGGUUCAGGCACAAAUAAAUGAAAACCCAGGAUCAACAUUUUGAUGUUAAUGUCAGCAUUUUUACAAUCAGCCCCACCUGGUUGAGCGCUCACUCACCUGGGCAAUGCAAAAGAUAAAGAAACCCGGAGGAAGCAUAGUGACUGAUGUUAAUGUCAAAGAACAUGGAUGCUGGAAUGCUUGCAGUCCUGUACCUUUCAUAAUCAGCAUUCUCUACAUGUGGGUCUUCUCCUCGACCAUAGUGGGGGAACCGCGGCAGCCAGGGAUUUUUCAAAGGUCACACUCAGAAGUGGGCUGUGAGUUCAUGACCAAAUUCCUUUUACUGAAACAGUGAUGAACCAGCAGCCACGGUUCUAAUGACUCUAGAGCAGGGGUGGGCAAACCUUUUGACUCAAGGGCCACAAUGGGUUCUUAAACUGGACCGGAGGGCCGGAACAAAAGCAUGGAUGGAGUGUUUGUGUGAACUAAUAUAAAUUCAAAGU